AUGGAUGAUGAUGAUGAUGACAUUCCCCAGCUUUCAUCCCAUGCGUUGGCUGCCCUCCAGGAGUUCUAUCUGGAACAGCAGCAGAGAGAGGGCAUGAAGACCUCCCAAGGGUUUAAUCAAUAUUCUGUUGGCUCAAUAGAAGAAGACUGGCAACUGAGCCAGUUUUGGUACAAUGAUGAAACUGCAUCGUGCCUGGCUAAUGAAGCGGUUGUGGCAGCUGGAAAAGGUGGCAGGAUAGCAUGUGUUAGUGUACCAAGUGUGUACCAGAAACUGAAAGAACAGGAUGGUAAAGAUUUUUCAGUGUGUAUACUGGAAUACGACAGAAGGUUUUCUGUAUAUGGAGAAGAAUUUAUCUUCUAUGAUUACAACCACCCUUUGAACUUACCUGAAAAUCUCCUUCCACACAGUUUUGACAUUGUAAUAGCAGAUCCACCCUAUCUGUCUGAGGAAUGUCUUCAAAAAACUGCCGAGACCAUCAAAUACUUAACAAAAGGAAAGAUUCUGCUUUGCACAGGUGCAAUCAUGGAGGAACAGGCAGCAAAGCAUCUUGGUGUAAAGAUAUGCAAGUUUAUUCCAAAACACUCACGAAAUUUAGCCAAUGAAUUUCGAUGUUACGUGAACUAUGCUUCUGGACUGCACUGAUUCUCAUAAGAUCUACAACUUUUUCAGCCAAGCUCCUUCUGGUUUUUUAUCAGUGACUCCACAUUUCUCAAUGCUGAAAUAUUCAGCUGCAAGUAAUGUUUUCAGGGCUAGCUUUAAUCAACACGGUGUGAUAACCUCUCUCUUUUAAAUGUGUAGACAUUUGCAGUUACUGUCUUUUGUAUCUUACCUAUUAGGUAAAUGGGGACCAAACAAUGCAGGUGCUGGAUAAUGGGAACUUCUCUGUUAGAGUU